AGGCUGAAAUACCUCACACAGGUGUCUUCAAGGUGAGACAACUCAGUAAGCAAACUUCAUCACAAAUCACUUGUAAAUGCAAUGGAGGGGAUUGUGCCAAAGGAGAAGGGCAUUGAUUUUUGUGGUGAUAAAACUCACCACUACAUCAUCCGCUCAGACCUGGGCUGCUACAUGAAGUGUAGAGACUUUAACAAAGCAAGUGACAUCAGAAUAAUUGACCUGCACCCGGCCUGCCAGCACGGGGACCACUACGUUGCCGACAACAGCCACCAUUUCUACAUCAUCAAGGGCAACACCUACAGAAAGGUGUCCAGUCUUCUCACAGACGACAAUGCCGAGGUCCACGAUCUGCUGCCUAAAUACCAGGGAGGUGAUUUUUACCUGUCCGCAAACAAAAGGUUCUUUAUCAUCUAUAAAGAGAAAGGCAUUUUCAAAGUCACAUUUGAUCUGGGUAAAGAUGGAGAGGACGCUGAAUAUCCUCUUCAUGACAACUGUCACAACGGUCUGUAUUACUGGGGCACGGCCAAGCAGGGUUUCCUGGUGAAGCCCCCAGACGAAUGGGGCAGCAUCCAGUACUAUACAACCACCAACUUCAAGAGCGACCAGAACUCCUACCCUAUUGCCUUCCACCGAGACGUCAUCAACUUCCUGCCGGGUGGGCUGACUCUCACGCACGGCCCUUCCUUCGCUAUGUGGGAGAGCAUCAAAUCCAUCCACAACCAUUCCAGCACCCCCAUCGAGUGGAACAAGAAGAUCGUGAGGAAAGAGGGCUACGCGAAGGAGAAGAUGUCCAGCAUCGAGCACAACUGGGAGGUGGCGGCUUCCCUGUCGGGAGACAUCACAGCACUGAUCGUCAAAGCGCAGCUCGGCCUGAGCGCUAAGUAUGGGGGGAAAGGCAUUAACACCUCCAAAGAGACCUGGAACGAGGCCACCGAGGAGGAAGAGAGCAUCAAACUUACCCUCAAACCAAAAGAAAAGAUCUUCGUAUGGCAAUUUAAACUGGGCUUUGGAAGAGAGCCAGUUCUCUUCUGUCGUGAUCUUAAAUUUGAUCACAGCCCCGAUCCACCAACAGAGAUACCAUUCCCUCCAAUGAAGCCAUAGAACAGAUCAGUAUGGCCUCGUCCAUCAUCCCACAAUCCAGCUGAAAUGAUGAUCUAUGAAUAUGCUAACUCGGGAAGU